GCGGCUGGGGCCAGGGCCAGGGCGGGCCGGGAGCGGCGGCGGGGCCCGGCGGUGGAUUUCGCGGAGGGCGGUGGCCUGGGUCUGCCGAGCCAUGGCGGCCCCAGAGCCGGCGCCGAGGCGGGGCCGGGAGCGGGAACGGGAGGACGAGAGCGAGGACGAGAGUGACAUCCUGGAGGAAAGCCCAUGUGGCCGCUGGCAGAAGCGGCGGGAGCAGGUGAACCAGGGGAAUAUGCCUGGGGUCCAGAGCACCUUCCUGGCCAUGGACACCGAGGAAGGGGUAGAAGUGGUGUGGAAUGAGCUCCACUUCGGAGACAGGAAGGCCUUCGCAGCCCAUGAGGAGAAGAUCCAGACUAUGUUUGAGCAACUGGCCCUAGUGGACCACCCUAACAUCGUCAAGUUUCACAAGUACUGGCUGGAUGCCUCUGAGGCCCAUGCAAGGGUCAUAUUCAUCACAGAGUAUGUGUCAUCCGGCAGCCUCAAGCAAUUUCUCAAAAAGACUAAGAAGAACCACAAGGCCAUGAAUGCGCGGGCCUGGAAGCGCUGGUGUACGCAGAUCCUGUCGGCGCUCAGCUUUCUGCAUGCCUGCAGCCCCCCCAUCAUUCACGGGAACCUGACCAGUGACACCAUCUUCAUUCAGCACAACGGACUCGUCAAGAUCGGCUCCGUGUGGUACCGCAUCUUCUCUAAUGCGCUUCCGGAUGAUCUUCGAAGCCCCAUCCGCGCUGAGCGAGAGGAACUGCGGAACUUGCACUUCUUCCCACCAGAAUAUGGCGAGGUUGCUGAUGGGACUGCUGUGGACAUCUUCUCCUUUGGCAUGUGUGCACUGGAGAUGGCUGUGCUGGAGAUCCAGUCCAAUGGGGACACCCGUGUCACAGAGGAGGCCAUUGCUCGUGCCAGGCACUCACUGAGUGACCCCAACAUGCAGGAAUUCAUCCUUUCCUGCCUGGCCCGGGACCCUGCCUGCCGGCCCUCUGCCCACAGCCUCCUCUUCCACCGCGUGCUCUUUGAGGUGCACUCACUGAAGCUCCUGGCAGCCCACUGCUUCAUCCAGCACCAGUACCUCAUGCCUGAGAACGUGGUGGAGGAGAAGACCAAGGCCAUGGACCUGCAUGCAGUCUUGGCAGAGCUUCCCCGGCCCUGCCGGCCCCCACUGCAGUGGCGGUACUCGGAGGUCUCCUUCUUAGAGCUGGACAAAUUCCUGGAGGAUGUCAGGAACGGGAUCUACCCACUGAUGAACUUUGCAGCUGCUCGACCCCUGGGGCUGCCCCGAGUGCUGGCCCCACCCCCUGAGGAGGCCCAGAAGACUAAGACCCCGACACCAGAACCCUUUGACUCUGAGACCAGAAAGGUGGUCCAGAUGCAGUGCAACCUGGAGAGAACCGAGGACAAGGCUCGCUGGCAUCUCACUCUGCUUCUGGUGCUGGAGGACCGGCUGCACAGGCAGCUGACCUAUGACCUGCUUCCAAGACGACCGGACGAAGCUGGCGGCCUUCCUGGAGAGCACUCUCCUCAAGUACCGCGGUGCCCAGCCCUGACCCGCGCCCCAGCUGGGGCCUCCACAUGGAGAAGAGCCCAGACUUGCAGAGCUGAGUCCACCUGUGUGCCCCGGAGCUAGUGAGGACCAAGUGGGGCUGAAGCUGCCUCCCAGGCGCCUGGGGGUGGGGUUCACUCCUGGGGAGGGGAGGGUGCUGUG